UAGGUUGUGUGUGUGCGCGUGUGUGUGAGAAACAAAGUAUAAAGGUGGGACUGAGGGAAGCUGCUCUAACAGUCAACCCAGCCAGAAGCUUAUUGUUCAUCCGGAUUCAUUAAAUUGAAUAAAAUGGGAUUGUUUGGGUCCACACCAUCUCCUCCUCCUUCUCCUCCUCCAUCUCUAGAAUUUGAGAAGCCAUGGAGGACGAUGCCUUGGGGGAGAAAAGCUACUCUGGAAGACAAUCUGAGGAGCUUUAGUCUCAGCACUACUCAUGUUAGGUUUGUCAGGAUUCUGCUUGUUGGUGAAGUUGGAGCAGGAAAGUCCAGCUUUAUAAAUUCGAUCAAUAAUGCUUUCCAAAAGCGAAUCACCUCUGGGGCUCUUGCUGGAGUUGCUUCAACCAGUUUUACCAAAGUAUACAAAACCCAUUAUAUCAAAGGGAAGGACGGCUUAAAUUUACCUUUUGUCUUCAAUGAUAUAAUGGGACUUGAACGUGAAGACAGCCAUGGUGUACACAUACAGGACCUUCUCAAAGCCAUAAAUGGGCUCCUCAAGGAAGGAUACAAAUUUAAUCCUGUUAUGCCUGUGUCUGGGAAUGACUGCAAAAGCAAUCCCAGCACUGGUGAUCAAGCCUUCUGUGUGGUCAACAUUCUACCAGCAGACAAAGUGUCACUCAUGGACGAAAAAAUUGUUCAAAAGUUGAAAAUGAUCCGUGAGGAGGCUUCAAAUCAUAAUUUGCCUCAAGUAGUCAUCAUGACAAAAGUGGAUGAAGUCUGCCCACUGGUUAAAGAAAACCUAAGAAAGGUCUACACCAGCAAGAAGAUCAAAGAAAAGAUGCAAAAUUGUAAUCAUCUACUGGGUAUUCCAAUGAACCACAUCUUCCCUGUUAAGAACUACCACGAGGAGGUGGACACACAUGAUGACAUGGAUGUUCUGAUCCUUAAAGCGCUUGAACAGAUUGUGAAUCUUGCCAAUGAUGCUCUGGAAAGCCAAAAUUGUGAUGAAACUGGGUGAAGGCUUUUAUUAGGGCCCGAGCCCGAAUGGGCGAAGGCCCUAUUGUUCUUGUAAGAGUUCACUAUUCUUCUUCUUCUUCUUCUUCUUCCGUCUUCUUCUUCUUCUUUAUUUUUCUCCGCUGUUGGGCCAUUUUCGGGGCGCUUAAUGGGCGAAGGCCCUAUUGUUCUUGUAAGAGUUCACUAUUCUUCUUCUUCUUCUUCUUCUUCCGUCUUCUUCUUCUUCUUUAUUUUUCUCCGCUGUUGGGCCAUUUUCGGGGCGCUUGCCAUGGGCGAAAACGCACGAAAUUUGGCACCAGUUCCGAGAAUUGCCACCGCUACUCAGAACCAGAAGCCCAAACUUGGCCGGGGCUCAGGGCCUCUA